CACUCACUCCUCUAUUCACCUGCGGAGGCGCGAGGCUCUCACUCACUCACUCACUCACUCACUCCUUGGACCCACAGCAAAAGGUCCCACUCUGAAUACUGAGGGGAGGUUGGAAUACGCGAUGCAAACUCUGAGGGGAAAAGCUCUGGUCUUUCUCCUUUUGGCUGACUUGGCCAUCGCAGUCAUGUCACAGGAAAUGAUGGGCAACGUGAUGUCCGAGGGCAACGCCACCAUGAUGGGCAUUCCACGCAUGACCCCAGAGUUCAAGGAGAUGGCCAAGAAACUGAUGCUUAAGUGCUCUAAAAUGGGACACCAGCCACCAGCUAUGCCAGAGCCGGCAUACAACAGCUCUGUGGAAGAGGAGGAGAUGAUGCCGCAGAACCCUUUCUCUCUCUUCUCCUCUCUCCUGUCCUCCCUCUCCUCUAGUCCUCCUUUUCCCACUCUUACUUCCUCACGAUCGGCAAGUCUGUCCAACAGCUCAGUGGACAGGCCUGACAUGGAAGCGGACUGGAAUGUCACUGAGCAGCUGUUGAACGUCACCACUCUGCCCGAGAUGAUCGACAUCAUGAAGAACUCUACAGAGCAGCCGCGCUGUUUCAUGCAAACGUUCAUCUCUCCAGUGGCCUGGUCAGCCGUCAUCCAGAAUGGCCAGUGGGUCCCGAUAGAGGACCUGUCCAAGCUGCUGUGGGCGGCCAAGCCCUACCUGGAGAACAUGCCCCCCCACUACAUACACCUGCCCCCGAGCCCAGACCAGCUCCAUAUGGCUGAGAUGAUGAAGAUGUUUAGUGAAGUGUUUAGCUCUCUGUCAGAGGAGCAGAGGGACCAGAUCAGAGAAUGGGUGAAAGCCAGUGUGCUGGAGAAUGAGUUCAACUGCACUCACAGCAGCCCUGCCCAGAGACCCAAACGCCCACACCCCUGGAGCAUGGGAGCCAAACCAACACCAGGUGGGCCUGGAGCACUGGGAGCGCUUCUGCACGACCCAAACUCCCUCUUGGACUCAGGAGGUCCGAAUCGUGUCCGUUGCCCCCAGAGGCAGCCCUGGCUGAACAUCAAGGUGCUGAGGAUCAUGGGACGCUUCCUGUCCCGUCUGCCUCCACAGGAAGUGAAGACUAUCCCGUCAGAAGAGCUCUGCCAGUUCUUUCGGAGCCAAAGCGUCUCUCACUCCUUCCAGAGGGUGGGGGCCAUCAAGGCCUCUUUGGGCAGGACUCUCAUGAGCAGACUCAAAACAUGCUUCUCAAGCACACAGGAACUCCUGCAACAUACUGCAAGCUUGGGUUCGCUGGCCUGCUUCUAUGAUGGUGGGGUGUCGUCUCUGAACAAGACCAUGAGCAAGGGUCUACUGUCUCAGCUGGAGGAGUGCCAGAAUUCAGCCAGCAAAAAGCUGAAGAGGCAGCUUGUGAGUAAGCUCUUCUCCUCGGCCGACGCGUUCCCAGACCCUGAGCUCCUGGAGUCUCUGGGCUCGGCUGUGUCCGCACUUCCCCUCUCCAGACUGACCCGCUUCUCAGCCCAGGCUCUGGCCAGCACCCUGCCCAGCCUCAGCAGAACCCCGUGGAGCGCUGCCCAGGCCAAAAACCCUGGCCAAGGCCCUGCUGAAGACCCAGGUGAGAUCUCCAGCUCUGUGCUGCUGUCUCUGGGGACGGUGGCGCGUGGUGUGGCCAGCUCUGAGCUCCAGACCCUGCCUGGCGAGGAGCUCCUGAGGGGGGAGGAGAGGGAGCGGCUGGAGAGGGUCAGCCAGAUGAUGUCCACUCUGCAGAGGAAGGCGCUACUGAAGGGGAUGCGCAGCUCUGUGAACGUGUCGGCGCUGGUUCUGAGCGUCCCCGCGCCGCUGCUGUCCAGCCUGUCCCUGAGCACCCUGGGCCGGGCCAGGCUCACCUCCAUAGAGCAGCUGGAGGGACGCAAGUGGACACGUGCACAGUCCGCUUUCCUGCUGAAGAAGAUUGUGGGUCGGAAACUGAAGCAUCAGCAUUUAAGGAUGCUUGGUCAGGCUAUACAGGGCGUGACCUGUGAGAUGAUUGACAGCCUGAUCCAAAACGAGACCAUGGAAAGCGUGGAGGCCCUCUCUCAGUCCUCUGGCUGGCUGGACAAAACACAGAUCGGCUGUGCUGCACGUCAGCUGUUCCAUACGCUGGAGCAGAACAGGACAGACUACUUCAGCAGCAUCACCAAGGAGGAGCUGCAGAGCAUCCCAGCAACCGUGCUCAUUCACCUGCCGGCUCAGAGGAUCCAGGGUCUGCCCGUCUCCGUCUGUGGGGUGUUCCUGGACAAGAUGGCGGCCGUGAGCCUCUCCUGUCUGCCCCACAGCUCCUCUUCACGCUCUGCCCUCACUCAGAGAGCACUGGACUGCCUGGGCAAGAACCUGUCUGAGGUGUCCAGCGAGGAGGUGCAGUCCCUGGGGCCCUUGCUGUGUGAGCUGCCCCCCCCCCAGCUGCGGUCGCUGGCCCCUGAGGUCCUCAACAGCACGCUUCUGGAGCUCACCGCCUGCCCUUACAUCCCACGCAGCUACAGGGCCCAGCUCUUCAGCAUGGUCACAGACACGUUUGGGCAACCAUCAGACUGGUCAGAGGAGGAUAUGAUGUCACUCAGGCCGUUCCUCCUGCUGGAUAACUCCACUCUCAGAACUCUCCCAAAUAGGCCCUGGCUGAGAUCAUCCCUCUCUGAUUUGAUUGACAGCCUACCUGCCCUAUCCUCCACUGUGGUCCCGGAGGAGUUCCGCCCCCGGCCUGACCUGUCCACUCUGCGCUGGAAGCUCUUUGUCUUGACCACCAGAGAGGACGGCCAGAGCAGCACUGCUGGCCAGCGCAGGAGGAGGAGAGAGGCCGUGGCAGUGGGCAGCCCCACAUCGGACCUGAUUGAGGAGCUGGGUGGGGGCAAUGUGUUCUGGAGUCCAGCCCAGCUGGCCAAUAUGUCCUGCGAGACCUUCACCGCGUCCUCCUCCCAACUGGGCGAGAUACGGGACUUUAGCGAUGAACAGCUCGCCGCUCUCCAUCAGAAAGUUAUAGAGGCCUUGGGCCCUGUGGGGCAGCUGAAUGAGAGCCAGGUGUUGGAGCUGGGCUGUGUCUCUCAGGGCUUCAGCGCUCAGGAGCUGCGGCAGCUCAACAUCUCAACACUGGACACACUAGAGCUGCUGUCCACCUGCAGAUGGACCCAAGCACAGAGGAGAGCUGUGUGGCAGGGCUUCAAGGAGCGCACGGGCAUGUGUGCGGCCCAGCUAGAGGAGCUGGACAUCGUGGGCUUGGGCCAGUUCAUCUGUGGGCUGGAGCCAGAGGAGAUCCGGCAGCUCAGCAACGACUCCUUCAGGGAGGCUGCAGAGGUGGUGGGCUACACCCCAUGUGAUCAGCCUCAGCUGGAGAGCUUCAAGAGGAAGGCUGUGCUGGUGUUUGGGGAGCCUCAGAGCUGGAGCGAGGGGCAGGUCACCUCCCUGGGGAACAUCCUGGCUGGUCUGGAGGCAGCAGAGCUGCGGAGUCUGACCCCAUCCGUGUUCUGCUUCAUCAAGGCCUCUGCCAUCCCUCUCAUCCCCCCCACACACUUGGCUGCUCUCUCAGUCAGCCAGCUGCAGGCGCUGGGUCCUGACAACGCCGCCAUGGUUACGGAGGCUCAGCGAGCGGAGCUAGGGGCGGAGCAGAGGAAGGGUCUGGCUGACGCGCUGGGCGUGGCCUAUAUCCGUGCCGGGGAGCCCAGCUCAGGAGGCUCUCAGAGCUCCCCAGCGCCCCAGACCGGAGGUUCCACCAGUCACACCAUGAGGGGAAUCCUCCUGAAGCCCUUACUGCUUCUGGUACUAGGAUUGAUGUUAGAUUAGUCUAUUAUCUGCAUUUAUGUUAGAUUAGUCUAUUAUCUGGAUUUAUGUUAGAUUAGUCUAUUUUCUGGGUGUCUGGAAAUGUAACAUCUGAAAAUGUAACUACAUAGGUUACUUGGAGAUACAUAUUUAGCAGAGUUAGUUAUCCUAAUCAGGGACUGGUUUUAGGUUGUCCUUUCCUGAGUACAUCAGGUGAAAGGACUUAUGUACACUGACUGGGCAAUUUGAUGUUACGAAGAAAAUGACAUGGUUUCAGGGACAGCAUGCCAACACAAGAAAAGAUCAUAUAAGCUCUACUCUAUAUUCAUAUAUCAACGCUUCAUGUACUUAUAUAUUUAUAUUCAUCAUCUAUAACUCUGUGUUGAAUGUUAUAAUAGUGAUAUACAUGCUGUAUAUGGGACAUGGGCACUUUUGAUGGAGCUGCAACAUGCCUAGAUUAGUUGAUCUUUCACACCAUGUUACCGUAGCUCCUUAGUGUAGACACACACAUACACACACACACACACUCUUGGCUGUGGGGAUGAUCGAAGAACGGUUGUCUACCAGAUGUGGUCUGACUACAUGGAAGAACUGGAGCAGGAUGUUAGCUGCACAUCAAAUGCAAUGAAAGUUUAGGAAUUUAAGAGCCUGAAUAUUUUAUUUAAGAACAAUUACUCAAUUAUUUCAUAUUUUAUAUUAGAAAGCAACUAAAGUUUCACAAACAGAGGAGGACAGGAGAGGGAUCUGGAGAGAACUGUUGCUGGUGCCAUUGUACACAUACACACGCACACACAACCAACAUAUAAAAUUUCUCAUAUACCGGAUUUCACAGACUAGAGAAUAAAAUAUGAAGAAAA